CGCGCACCCAACACGCGCCCGACCUCUCCCACCCCCACUGCCACCUCCGUGUGCCGUGAGCUUCGAGAAGCCAAUACCACCCCCCGAAUUUCGCCUACGCUUCCACCUCCUCCUCCGCGAGGUGUGGAAACCCUAGCGAGAGGAAAGAGACCGACGCCAUGGCGCUGCUACCGCGCACGGCGCGCCUGGCCCUCCUCUCCACCCCGCGGGCGUACUCCUCCGCGGCGGCCGCGGGCGCCUCGCCGUCGUCCCCGGCGCCGAUGUCGAAGGCGGCCGAGUUCGUGGUCUCCAAGGUGGACGACCUGAUGAACUGGGCGCGGCGGGGCUCGAUCUGGCCCAUGACCUUCGGGCUCGCCUGCUGCGCUGUGGAGAUGAUGCACGCCGGCGCGUCCCGCUACGACUUCGACCGAUUCGGCGUCAUCUUCCGCCCAUCCCCGCGCCAGUCCGACUGCAUGAUCGUCGCCGGCACGCUCACCAACAAGAUGGCCCCUGCCCUCCGCAAGGUUUAUGACCAAAUGCCUGAUCCUCGAUGGGUUAUUUCAAUGGGCAGCUGUGCCAACGGUGGUGGAUACUACCACUACUCCUACUCUGUUGUACGUGGAUGUGACCGUAUUGUUCCCGUGGACAUUUAUGUCCCUGGAUGCCCUCCAACUGCUGAGGCUCUACUGUACGGUGUUCUUCAGCUCCAAAAGAAGAUCAACAGGCGCAAGGAUUUCCUUCACUGGUGGACCAAGUGAAGGAAAUCUUUCAUUGCUUGUUCUUGUUGUUGCUUGCUUGUUAUAUUUCUUUGCAUUCUACCUACUUGUCAUCUUAAAUAAGAACAGCCAUGUGCUCGGAUUUGCAAACUUGUUGUGCCUGGGAGCAUGUAUGCCCAGGUUAUUUGAUGAGCAUGGGACUCAGUGUACUGGAAGUCAGAUCAACAGUCAUGGACGGACCAGUUGUGAAUCUGGCUUUUGCUUUCAUUGUAAUACAGGAAUACACCUUGUUGUCUUGUU